AUGGCGAGAACUUAUUCUGUCAGACGCAGGAGGGAUCCCUCGCCUCAUCACUCCCGACCCCCUCCCCCUCUGCCGUCCACUGCGUCUCAACAAUCGGUCGAGACCGAAUGGAAGGAGAUAGCCUGCCACACUGCAAAAUGCGACAUGUGCAACACACGCAAUGGAAAAGGCAUGUCCCGCUGCGAGGGAUGCGGCUGGCAGGCAUGCUACAGAUGUAUCCUUGCCAACGGCUGCAGUCGCACGCACCGGGGAAACGGACGCGUCCAUACGGGAGCUAUUGACCAGACUCUCAUCGCCCGUAUGAGACGCGGCAGAGUGUCGCUCAAGAGGGAAGAGGGUGACGCAGGUCAGUUGAGGAGGGGACAGUCAAGCAAUCGAAAGAAAACGAAGAACGAGGAGUCAUCUUCGAAGAUACCAAGCUCUGCAGACGAUGAGGUCCUGACGGCGGCUCGGAACGUUUUGGCGUUUAGUAUUGAAGCCAUCGGUUUAGCCAUCCAGGAGGACGGCCUUGACCGAGAACAUUUACCUGGCGGGGCUGCGCCUCGAGACGAGGAUGUUGCGAAUUUCAUGAGUAUGACUAGUCGGGAAUUGCAUGACUAUGCCCAACAGCAAGCCAGUCAUGCCCUUCAGGCUUACCUUGAGCGCAGGGCCAGAGAGACGGAUGCUCAGGAGAUUGGCACCUUCUCUAUGAAUCAAUCAAAUGUUGAAGAAACCACCUCAUUGGAAAACUCGAAGGGCUGA